AUGGGGCAAUCAUUUUGGUCUCGUGGACCGUCCCUGUCGACAAGGUUUACAGCUGAUGACUUCCCAAGUCUUCGACUCAGUGUGGAUGCUGAGCACAACUAUGCGCAAGUGCUCCAGGCUACAAUUGAGCUCACACAGCUUCUUCAUAAUGCGCACGAUAUUCUCUACUCAUCAAAAGAAAGAAGAAUGCAAAUGGUACACUGGGGCGACUAUAAUCGCUAUCUAGACGACUUUCGCCGGUCUUUGUCCGCAUGGCAUGAUCGCUGGGGCAAACUCGACGCGUCUCCAAAGCUAUAUAGCACAUUGAGAAUUGUUAAAGAGUACGUACGUCUAUACGUAUGUGCAUUUUCUUUCCAAUCAAUUCUUUCGAGGGCCGUUCAAGACAAUCGCAACCAUGAUGCCAUUGGAUCGCCACCAGUAAAGGCCUCUUCGCUUUUCCCCCAAGGAAUAAUGUCCACUCCAGAUGGGGUGUACGUCUUUGAGGCGGUUGAUUCUGCCCAAAAGAUACUGAUGAUUUCCAAUGAGACGGAUCCGGUGGCACAUAUUCGCUAUAUGCCAUUUCGAUUCUACGUUUAUACGAUCUAUUCCGCAGUCUUCUUAUAUAAAGCGGCUGCCUUCGGUGCCUUUUCAGCAUCGCAGCAUAAGGAUAUUGUUGAGCUUGUUCAGCGAUUUAUACGCGUUCUCGAGCAAGCAGCAACAUGCGAUUCUCAUAUCGGUUAUCGCUAUUCAAAAUUGCUGAAAAGGAUAUGGCUUUCCGAUGCGACCAAUUCAGUACAACACGAAAAUGAAAAUUCAGCAUCACAGAUUUACCAAAAUGUUAUGUUUCCGACAAGUGGAGAGUCGGCGGCAUAUGCAGAUGAUUCCCACGAUGCUGAAAAUCCAGAGAUGCAAGUCCCAGUUUCUAUGGACAUGCUCACACCUGACUUCAAUUUAUUCUGUCCGGACUUUUCUAGUUUAGAAUCCGAGCUCUUUGAUAUUGGUGCAGGCAGUUUUGGAUUUCCAAUUAGUUAUAAUCAUCCUGAUCUAUCGUCCUAA